CACGCCCAAGCAGGUGAGUCAACCCGGAAGUGGCGGUGCAACUCGGCUACAGAAGAGCCCACUAACCUGCAGUGUUUUAACCAAUAUGAGCGCUCAGAAAUUUUAGACAGCCGGAAUAUUUAUUUAUUUUUUUCUUCUUGCGUUUCGGAUGGUGGAUUAAACAAAAUGAGUUGGGUGUUUUUCGGACUGCUCCUGGCUCUGACUGUACACACCUCAGAGGGAAAUGCAGUAAUUGUGACCACUCAGGAGGACACCACAGUGACCAUAAGAAGAUCGCCAGAGGGCCCUAACUGUUCUGUGUGUGUGGGUGAAGGCCCCUCACAGGUCUGUGGUACAGAAUCUAAGAUUACUGAAGGGAAAACCACUCAGGUGAACUUCACCUGCAGCAGACCGCAGGACAUCUUCACUAUUGAGAUUACGAGGGACUUUGAUUGUUCAGUGAAGUGCAAUGGUUCCAUACAAGCCAACUGGUCCUUCUUCCAAGAUUUCGACAGAGAAUUUGUUUGGUACAUUAGAGUCUCUUCAGUCCUCGAGUCCUUUCAAUUCGAGUUUCCAGCUGCAGGAAUGAGGCAGAUCCCGUCAUCAGAACAAUGUCCCGACAAACACACCUACUCACUCGUAAUGUAUGUACGCAAAGGACCGAUGAACCUUGGCACGUUUUGUGAAAACGGUACGAUCACUCGCAUCCAGUUUCUUUGGCAAGGGCGCCUGUCUCUGAAGGUUCCCAAAGAAACAACCCUGGGCUCCUUUUCUUUCAGAUACUCGAAGGCUACUGGGUCGGAGUUGGCUAUAGAUGCCGUCCUACCUCAUGGCAAAACAGACACCGACUUCUACAGUGCCACUCGCAUCUCUUCGGAUUAUACAAUGAUGUGGAACUUUGUUUUACCACCCAAGCAUAACUUCACAGUUCAUUUCUUGAACUACACCGAGCCAAAAUGCCAAAGCAAAACAGCUAAAGUGUCAUACAAGCUGGCUGACAUGCCUUCCGUUACAAACACGCUGGCGGAUCAGCAACCUGAGAAUUAUAAGGGAAGCUUCAGCUUGUCCCUGACAAAUUGUGAUCUAGAGAGUGGUGGGGGUCCUCGUGUUCCUGGGCUCUUCCUCAACUUUCGGGUCUCUGUGUUUAGGGGUGGAGUUCCAGAUUUGUGCACGGUGGAUCUUGAGAAAGAUAAAGGGCUGAGUCUUCAAAUAAAGAAGAAGAAUCUGGACACUUUGUGCGAGAUGCGUAUGGAUGAAGUGGUGCAGGAGAAGAUUGUAGUGCCAGCAGGAUCCAAAGUUGUCCUGUAUUUCUUGGACUGCCCUAAGGACGAGCUUCUUCUCACAGCCACUAAGACCAUUGAGUGCCAGAGUUUAUCCUUGUGUCCAGUAGCUGGGACUCUCCUCACUGUCCCCUUUUUAGACUCCUGCCUGCCCCCUUCACUGAGCCAGGUCAGCUGGGUCUUGAACGGUCCUGAGCAGGGCACUGUGGCGCUCGGCUCACCUCAGGGCAGCCUGCAUCAGUUAAUACCUGAAGUGCAGGAGUGUGGCGAUGGCCUGCUGUCUGCGCACGUCACUGCGGCCAAGGGUGUCGACGUCGGCCGUUUCUGCUCCACUAACACAGGCAUCAUUCAGAGAGUUCAGAUCUCCUCCAACGUCACCGUCACUGCCACUGCAGAUGGGGAUAAGGACCUCAGACAAGAGAAAGCACCUGUCUUCACUGUGUCCUUUAGUUCAGAGACGACAGAGACCUUGAUCUACACAGUCUCUCCACUUUUGUCAAUUCCGGCAUUCCUCGUGACACCUGACUGGCCUGGGCCAAUGCAGCCGGGCUCCACCGUGUCCUGGAUGGUAAACGUUCCAGAGGAGUACAGUGCUCAUUUGAACUUCAGCAGUGUCAGCUGGCCACAGUGCCACGCCAAUCGCACCGAAGUUAAAAUUCAGGAGCUCAACUCCAAUUCAGUGACGAGCUACAGCAAGGACGUGCAGUUGCCUCUUGCACGGAACAUUUUGAGGAGUUUCUAUCUUAACGUGUCCAACUGUGAAAACGAGAAAGGCAAAUUUGCUCUUCUCAGCCAGAUCUCCUUGCAGGAAAAGCCUGGAGACCUACUGGGCAUCAUUUUGGGUGUGAUUGGAGCACUGUUGGCCAUCUUGAUCAUCGUUCUUAUUGUAGUCUGUGUGAGAAAAAAGAAGCAGCACACGAACCACAGGUCGUCCAUAGUCAUUCCCAGGGGGAUUCCUUUGCUUCCUGGUGAUGCCAGUUUCCCAAAAACACGAGCCCAAAACGAGUCCGGUGUGUACGCCACCAUUGAUGACGACAUGGGGCCGUUUGGCCACUUUUCGUCGCAGGACAGGAGUGGUCCCGGCCAUUUCAACGGCAAUCAAGUGGACAGCUAUCACACCCCCAUGGACGAGACGAUUAAACAUGCUGGAUAUGAGCAGAAUAUGGGGAGAGGACCUGACCAGAACGCGUACGGUCCUUUCCUGGCUCCAGCCGACACUUUUAUCCCUUCCAGGCCUCGCACUCCACUGGCUCAUGUGGACUCGUUGGACUAUGAGGACCGCAGGAUGGUGGAUCAAGUCCUGCAAACGUUCAAAACCUCGGCUGAACCAAAUCCAAUCAACCUCUCUGCUGUAGAGCCAGAGCCUGAGGGAGAAUAUGAAGAGGCGAAGUAGCAUGCAGUGGAAAAGUAAACCAUGUGACUCAAGGGUGGAAAGUUGAUCUCAAACCAAGUACGUCAAGUUCUGAUGCAAUGCUGCAAGAGAGGGCCGUCCUGCUGCUCAGGAACUCGGUUUAUAAAAGCAAACAUUUACCUGACUACUGAACCACAACAGUAUGGUCAGUCAAGACGUGCGUGUGUGCGCGCGCACUGUUCUCUAUGCACGUUUUACAGAGAAACUAAGCAGAACUUUUGAGCUUCUGUAAAACCUCAGUCUUUUGUCUAAUUUUUUUUUUUAAUCCAAUGUUUUGGGGAUAUUUAACCUGCUUGCAGGUUAAUAUGUUGUGUGUAAUGGGAAGACGAGACUUGAGAAGCUUGUGAAUGGUUACGCUUUGCUAGUUAUUCAGAAGAAAUUCUGACCCAGGAAUUAUUUUUUUUUCCUGUAAUAUGUUCGAAACUUUUUAUUUGCUAACGGUUUAUCUACUGCAAAACUUCAUCUGAAGACGUUUGUAUACCUGAAUCCAAAUUUAUUAUUUUCAAAUAUUUUAAGGUUGUCUCCUUUUCACGUUUUUUUUUUAAAUAAUAAAUUUUAACUUUUUAAA